AUGAGGAUAGACCGGUCGCCGAACCGCCACAGCCAUCAGCGCAGUUUGAAGAAGAUAGUCGUUGUCACGGGAACGCUAGGCGACAAAGCGGUCGCAUCUACCAGCGGUGGUAGCGGUGGCUGCUUCAUAUGUCGUCGACAUCCAGUUGGGGAAUCUUUUUUGGUGUUGCAUCUGAAAACGUCGUCGAGCACGAUCACGGCAAAUGCGGGGAAAAGAAUAGGCGGUGCUGAAUGGAGGUACACUAAAAAUCGAAAUAUGCUUUCGGGCAAAACGUCGACUUUUCCGCCUAAUGGCCUGCGAGACCUUUUGGUCGUGAAGCUCUUGUCAAACUUAUGUGAUCUCACAUCCAUUGCAGAACCUCGAAUUUCCCACCUGUACCGAAGUUCUGACCUCUUCCAAAGUGAGACCGGGACCCUGAACCUCGGAAACAAGGCCGAGAGAGGCACUUUCGCGUCACGUCACGUCACGUCAAACGACGCGUUUCGAUCUCGCGUAAAUUAA